GAAGUAUAUAUCACAUCAUCCACGCCUACUCUUUCAUCCUCGCUUCAAUUUCUCUCUCUUUUUCCGCCAUCAUUCCAUUUUCUUCACUCACACAACAACAACAUCUAACAGAACAUUAGAAGCAACGCUUCCCCACCGUUCAGGGGUUUCGUUUUCGUAUUUUCGACCACUUUCAGAUCUGAAUCAUUUCGCAGCGCAGAUCUCGAUUCUCCGCUCCCUCGCCCGCUGCAUUCUUCGUUCCUCAAUUACUCCGUUCACUCGAAUAUCACGCUUCGUUGAUUUCUGAAUUCCGUCCUUUCACUCACUUUCAUGUUCUUCCUUGGAUUCAAAUUCUCUCCUUCUCUUUGUCAAAACAGAUCUUGAAAAUUGGCGCCCCAAAGACGGUCGCAGCGCCACAUGGGUGGCCAGAUGCAGCAGAGCAAUGCAGCGGCCACUGCUCUGUAUGACCACGCCGGCGCCGGAUCUCUCCAUAAUUCGGCGGGGCCGGCUACCGAUGCCGGCGACGCCGUCAUGGCGCGCUGGUUACAAUCCGCCGGCUUGCAGCAUCUGGCCUCUCCACUGGCUUCCACUGGUAUCGACCAACGCCUCCUUCCCAAUCUUCUUAUGCAGGGUUAUGGAGCGCAGUCUGCAGAAGAAAAGCAGAGGCUUUUUAAGUUAAUGAGAAACCUCAAUUUUAACGGGGAAUCUGCUUCUGAGCCAUAUACUCCUACUUCCCAAAAUUUAAGUGGAGUGACAGUAUCAGAUGGGUUUUAUUCUCCAGACUUCAGGGGAGAUUUUGGAGCCGGGCUUCUGGAUCUUCACGCCAUGGAUGAUACAGAGCUUUUGUCCGAGCAUGUUAUUUCAGAACCCUUUGAGCCAUCACCCUUUAUGCCUGGAGGUGCUAGAGCUUUUGAAGAUGAUUUCAAUCCAAUUAGCAGAAAGCAGGAAAGAGGAGAAGCAGAUGCUGAUGCAUCAGUUUUUGUACCUACAAAUGAAAAAGAGAAUAAUACAAGAGAAAACAAUGUUGCUAAGAUUAAAGUUGUGGUACGCAAAAGACCUUUAAAUAAGAAGGAGCUUGCUAAGAAGGAGGAUGACAUUGUAACUGCAUAUGACAGUGCAUAUUUGACAGUCCAUGAACCAAAACUAAAGGUGGAUUUGACAGCUUAUGUGGAGAAGCAUGAGUUCUGUUUUGAUGCUGUUCUUGAUGAGAAAGUUACCAAUGACGAAGUAUAUCGAGUUACAGUUGAACCAAUAAUUCCUACAAUUUUUGAGAGAACCAAAGCUACUUGUUUUGCUUAUGGUCAGACAGGUAGUGGCAAAACAUACACAAUGCAACCAUUGCCGCUCAGAGCUGCUGAAGACCUUGUUAGACAGUUGCAUCGACCAGCAUAUCGAAACCAGAGAUUUAAAUUGUGGCUUAGCUACUUCGAGAUAUAUGGUGGAAAACUUUUUGAUCUUCUUAGUGACAGAAAAAAACUCUGCAUGAGAGAAGAUGGACGGCAGCAAGUGUGUAUUGUAGGACUUCAAGAAUUUGAAGUGUCUGAUGUACAGAUUGUCAAAGAAUUCAUUGAAAAGGGGAAUGCAGCCAGAAGUACGGGGUCAACUGGUGCCAAUGAGGAGUCGUCCAGGUCCCAUGCUAUCUUGCAACUGGUCGUAAAGAGGCACAAUGAGAUAAAAGAGAGUAAGCGGAACAAUAAUGAUGGAAAUGAGGCAAAAAGUGGGAAGGUUGUGGGGAAGAUAUCUUUUAUUGAUCUUGCUGGAAGUGAAAGAGGUGCUGAUACUACUGACAAUGACCGUCAAACAAGGAUCGAAGGUGCUGAAAUCAACAAGAGUCUUUUGGCUUUGAAGGAGUGCAUCCGUGCUUUGGACAAUGAUCAGAUCCAUAUUCCUUUUCGGGGAAGCAAACUUACGGAAGUGCUCCGUGACUCCUUUGUUGGAAAUUCAAAAACUGUUAUGAUCUCUUGUAUAUCCCCAAAUGCUGGGUCUUGUGAACACACACUUAAUACCUUGAGAUAUGCAGACCGAGUUAAAAGUCUAUCCAAGAGUGGAAAUCCUCGGAAGGACCAGGCCCCAAAUCAAGUUCCACCAAUCAAUAAAGAGGCUUCACCCACAUCUUCACUUCUUGCUAGCAUGGGUACAGAGGAUUUUAAUGGUCAGCGUCAAGAGAUAAAAGCAACGGACUUGGGCAGAAAAGCUGUAGAAAAGGAAAGUUCUUUGUACAGCUCUUCCACCGAUGUUGACAAACAACUAUCAAGUUUCUCUUCUAGUUAUUCAUACAAUGGGCGAGAAGAUAAAAGCCUGGCUUCUGCUCCAAUGGACAGGGAAAGGUUUGAAGUAAAGAAUUCUCACGGUGAUUCUACCAGUCAAAAGAUGAACUCUUAUUCCCUAAAUGUUAUAGAUGAGAAAGUGCAAAGGGUGUCUCCUCCACGCAGAAAAGGAACUAAGGAGGAGAAAUCCGAAAGAUCUAUAAAUUGGGUAAAAAGGGAUUCCAAUGCUUCUAAUAACACCACAAGCUCCAAGCAGCAGAACACAGGAAAUUAUAACACAGUUAGCACUGGAUCGGGGCAGUCUGAAACAGAAUCCUCUUCUGACGUGAAUAUCAGCGCAAUACUUGAGGAGGAAGAAGCACUAAUUGCUGCUCAUAGGAAAGAAAUUGAGGACACAAUGGAGAUUGUUCGUGAAGAAAUGAAACUAUUGGCAGAAGUGGACCAGCCAGGAAGUCUAAUUGACAAUUAUGUAACUCAGUUGAGUUUUGUGCUUUCUCGCAAAGCAGCUAGCCUGGUGAGUCUUCAAGCUCGUCUCGCAAGGUUCCAACAUCGACUAAAAGAACAAGAGAUACUAAGUAGAAAAAGAGUACCCCGUUAAAGACACUCUCGCUUUCUCUUCUUCACUCGUCAUCUCAAUCAUCAUGUAAUUGCUUUCGCGUUUCUUAGCAAUAUAGUUUUAAAGGUUUUUUCUUCAUUUUACAAAAAAAGAUGGACCUUCUGUUGGGUAUUCAAAUUAAAUUUGCUCAAAUGUAUAUUUCUCUCUUGUGUGAUAACCUGUUAAAUUGGAUUCAACUGUAUAUUAUUUUUUAUUUUCAUUCUACCGUUUUCUC